UCGGACGUGGUAGGCGGAAGCGUUCCGAAAUCUCGGGAUUGGAUUAAAGUGCCACCGUUGUUGGUCGUUCGUCCGGAUUCCGGGAAAGGUGCGAGCAAGACGUGACUGACUGACAACAGCGUGAUUAUAAAUAGAUUAAUUAAGAUAUCAGAAGCACACUAUCUCAGAUUUAUGGUGAUUAACUGGAUUGCGGAUGACGUGACGGAUAGCGAUUAGUGAGCGAGCGACGCUGUUAGCGAAUCUACGCAACGAUAUCUGUUUGAAGUAGUAAUUUAUAUUAGCCAAACGACGCGCCGGUGUGCCGGUUGAUGUUGUUGGCUGUACAGUGGGGGUGUGUGCUGUUGUAUACCAAUCGAGUAAAAGUUGAGAAAGAACCAGAAAAGUUCGGAACUGGAUUAUCUCACAUGUGAUCAACGUUGGGCGAUGCAGCCGUUGCAGUAGCAGUAGCAGGGACCAUAUCGUGGUCCACCUAAUGUGUAUUAAAGAGUGUGUUCACGUGGGAGUGAGUGUUGCUGGCCCGAGCCAAUCCCAAGUCCGUGGAAUGCUGCUGAAGUGCUGAGGCCGUGUGAAAUGUUGUGAUGUUGUUUAUUGAAUAUAGUGGCCUAGCAAAGCCGACGGCGGCGUCAUCGUCGUUCUGCAGCAGAGCGAUUCCUGCAGUAAUCGUCAGCAAUCUUCAAAAGGAGUAGAAGAAAAUUAGUUCAGUGAAAAGUGAAAUCAAAUUUUCAAAGGCUGCAGAACAAGCACGGGAAACGCGAAUACAAUGGAGUAUCCGUUGAAAGCUAGAAUCUUGAGCUGAAAGCUAAAGCCAUAGCUUGAGUGUGUGUGCUUUUUAUUUGUUUUCUUCGAUGAUGGUUUGGGGUUUCACAAUAUAAUGGGAAGAAAGGCGAAUCGCUCAUUGGAAAAUGUGAUUGAGUGGGGUGAAAUGGCUUUUAGAGCUAGUUACAAACAUUGGUCCCAUUGUAGUCUCUGCUACCUUUGGUUUAAAAAGGUACAGUGAAGAAGUGUUCAAUCUGUUGCCUUUCAUGUGGAGGAAUUGUAACUGCAACGUUGCUGUUUUCGAAAAUAAAAGGAAAAACGAAGGGAACAAGCCAAGCAUAUCAUUGGAAAUUAUGUUAGCCUUACAUCACAUGACGCCGGGGGAAGUGACGCAGAUAUCGAAUUUGCACACACUUAUCCUGGAAAUCAACAGCGAAGUGGCACUGUUCAGAGAUCUGCUUAUACACGUCGGUCAGGCACGGGACUGUCCGGAACUACGUGAAAAGAUCCGGAAAUUGCGACGAUCCUGCGUGGAAGCAUGCAAACACACCUCCGCGCUAAUACUUCCGCAGAUUCGGCAGGCCCUCGCCGAAGGAAUUCUGGCGGACAACCCCCACCUGGUGCUGCUUUUCUACCUAUCACAACUGUUUCUUAGAGAACUUAUUAAAAGCCACCGACUGGUGCAGGUCAUUCCUAUGGAUAUGUCCGGAUAUUAUGAAAACCGAGCUGGUCCAUCUAAUCUUGGGAACGUGAUAAGUCAGAUACUGCUGUGUAAGCAGAUUACUCCCGAUUUCAACCAGGAGGAACUCUGCAGUAUAACCAAAGACUCGCAGGAGAUUGCACGGAUAUUGCAGGACCUGCAGGAGUUCAUGCCACAACAAGAAACGUAUUUAGAGCGCACGAUUGCUCUAACGACCGAAAUCAACGGACCAUGGCCGGCGAAACGACGACGGGGUUCGCUCUACAAAAAUAUGGGCCUUCUGUGCUGUGUCUCGCGACCUAACUACCUAUGAAUAUAGGUGGUUGCAGUUUUCAGCAAUCACUUCCAACAACACCCAGCCUCCCACCCUGGAGCGGGGCAGCACUGGAACACGUCGGGGUCAUCAGCUAUUGCUCCCUACACCACUUUGUCAUAGGAUCUUAUCUAGUGGAUGACAUCGUCGUCACCACACCGUAGUCAACCACCAGCUGCACAUUGUCGUUGUCGCGACUUGAAUAAAACCACAAACCAUCACCAUACCAAUAGACAGAUGGCAGAGAGAAGACCACCAAAUUCCAGUACCUUUAGAUAAGUUUAUUUUUCUAUGUGUGUUAUUUCUAUAUAGAACGAAUAGAGGAUGUUAGUAAAAGAAAACUAUAAUAUAUACGGCUCAUAAUACGGUAGAAAUAUCUCAUGAGCAAUUCUGAAACGGCAAACAAAUUCAUAAAAAAUCUUUAAAAGAAUAGAGGAUAGCAAUAGUUUCUUAACAAAGCUCAACAAACAACUAUUGUAGCUAUGGGAAAACAAAACAAAUGGAAUCAGCUAUUGAAUAAUUAUGAAGU